AUGCAGUCCAUCAGAGACCUCAAGCAUAAUUUCAACCUCCCUCCUCCACCUUCCAUGGCCGGAGCCGGUGACUCUUAUCACCAAGGCAACAUCCGAAUGACUCUGGAAGAUCCAGAGCUUUGGAAGGCCUUCAGUGAGAUUGGAACUGAGAUGAUCAUCACCAAACCUGGAAGGAGAAUGUUUCCACACUGUAAAAUCAGCUUGUCUGGACUAGUGCCAUAUGCAAAGUACAUCUUACUGGUGGACAUGGUGCCAGUGGACAGCCUCAGAUACAAGUGGAACAAGGACAAGUGGGAGGUAGCUGGCAAAGCUGAGCCUCAGCUGCCCUACAGGACGUACCUACAUCCAGAUUCCCCUGCACCUGGCAGCCACUGGAUGAAACAGCCAGUGUCCUUCCUCAAACUCAAGCUCACCAACAAUGCCCUGGAUCAGCAUGGACAUAUAAUUCUCCACUCAAUGCACCGUUAUCACCCACGAUUCCACAUCGUCCAAGCUGAUGAUCUGUAUAGUGUACGCUGGAGCGUUUUUCAAACCUUCACCUUCCCUGAAACCUCAUUCACCGCUGUUACAGCAUACCAGAACACAAAGAUCACAAAGCUGAAAAUUGACCACAACCCUUUUGCUAAAGGAUUUAGAGAUGAGGGUACAAACUCCAAAAGACGACCAAACAGAAGUCUUGCUGAUCCAGAGAGGGCUACAAAGAAGAUAAACAUUUCAAAAGAGUCUGAGCAUGGAAGUCCACGAGAUAUCCGUCAAUCCUCCUGUGAGGGUCUGGAUGAUGAACAUAUGGCUUGUAAGGAGACGGAGGUGAAGGGUGAAGGGUACUCCCCAUGGGGAGGUGCUUGCGACAGAGACAGCGGCCAAGCUCUCCGUGUCGACUCUCCUCUGGGCUCGGACCCUCAAGACAUUUACAGCUCCGAACAGCUUGUACCUGGACAGAACACAUACCAGCCAUACAGAUUUCAUGAAUACCACAAGUCACCCCCGCCCUCUUCCUCCAGUGUGGCCAGCAGUGGUGGUUGUGGAAGCGGCAGCCGCUCCAGCUUCGAGUCACGUGUUCCUGAUGUCGCAACUGUUCCCGAACAUGACUCCUCCAGCAAGCCUUCCGCCCCUGAGUUCAGCCACCCCACCUGCCCACCUCACUCCUCCGCUGUGCAACAGGACUACACCGGGGUGCUGAACAUGGCCAUAGCUCAGGCCAAGCCAGGUAUGCUGGGCCACCCUCCCCUCUACACCCCUUACAGUACGGAACAGUCUUUGGGACAGUGGAGUGGAGCCGCGUCCUCCCAAUAUACUCCACAUCCACCUCCUCACCAUCACCUACCCACCGAGUACAGCACCCAGGCUGUCCAUCACGGCUAUCACCAUGGAAAUGUAGGUGACUGGAGCCAAUACCCGCUCUUCUCUUACACGUGCUGGUGA